AUGUCUGCAUCAGGGCAUGACUCAGGAAGCCCUCCUUCGGGGAUGAUAUCCCUGCGUGUCCCAACCUCUCCUCAGGCUCGGGCGAAGAGAAGAAUAGCCACCUUGAUGGAAGAGGUCGAACUCUUGAAGCAGGACAAAGCAACCAAGCAGAGGAAAACAACGUAUUAUGUUUCACAGGGUCGAGCAAUCCGUCGUUUGGUCGCCUUGUACACUCCUAUAGAGGAUUUAAUUGCUGAAAACGACCGACGGUGUGAAUAUGAAGAUACUUCCGGCGUUUCCACUGUAGAGCAAGACCGCCUACAACGUAGUUAUGUCGAACUUGUCAAGGCGUUGCCAUGGAUUCACGACAAGAUAGCAAGUCUUGACGACGAGGAGUCUGAAGACAUGCUUAAAAAGCUCAAGCGAGGUGCGGACUCGGCUCGCGGCGAUGACACGGGUACCCUUAAAGAGCUCGUAGCAUCAUGGGUAAACAUCGAGUUUCGUCCAACUCCUCUCAUCUCGACCAACGACAAGCAUCAUCGAGGGUUUGUAAACGACACAUGUGGUAAGCUGCUCUGUCCAGCGGAAUGGUGCUGGGAUGAUCCUGCUGUCAAGGCCAGCAUUCGAGACCGUACGACCGCUUUCAUCGUCUCCGAAAAUUCAUGGCCCCUAUUUAUGUAUCAAAACUGUGCAGCUGACGCCGGCAAUCUAGAGCACGGUCUCAUGAAAUCUAAGCUAUUAGUGAUGGGGUUGAAGGCCCUCUUUACCUCUCCCUCAUCUGCCAGCGAGAUGGAUGGUGAAGGUCAAGGCACCGAUAUAAUCGAGAACAAUCGACGUGCACGGAGACAAGAUCAAGCCAAGCUUGUCAAUAUCACUUCAUGGCGCAACGUAGACGGAGAUUUCGAUUACGAGAUAUUCUGGACCAAUAUCGUAGAUUUCUUCGAGGAUGCUCCGGGUCCAGCUGCGCGAGCCAGGGUCAAUGAACUUCUUGAGUGGUGGACCAGAAAAGUUUUUGGAAGAAAUCACAGACAAGACUUGACGUCGGACGUAAUUUCCCGGAUGUCCGUCCGUACACUUGCUGCUCAGAGACUAGCGAUGGAAGAUGCUGCAUUGGAUUCUGACUCUUGA